CCCCCGUGAGGUGUGGCUUCCUAUAUAAAUGUUGGUGCAUUUUAUUUCAUCGCUACCAUUCCCAUCAGCUUUUUAUGUCCCAUCCCAAGUUCAUCAUGAAAGUGUACUUGGUGUUACCCGCUAUAUUAGCCCUUACUUCUCAAGUAACAUGUGGAAUUCUUAGCGGAGUACAUUCACAACUCACCCCACCCGUCCCCUCAUCACAAUAUGGGGUCGGUUAUGGCUCAGGCAUCCCAGCGGGUAUCAGUUCUGGGUCGACCGGUGGCUACAUCAGUUCCUCAGGCUUGGAUCUUUCACAAGGACAAAGCUCAGGCUCAUCAGUGGGUUCUUUGUUCACAUCUGCAUCCAACUCGGGCUGGUCAGGAGUAAACUCUGGAUCGAACUCAGGCUGGUCAGGAAUCAACUCUGGAUUGAAUUCAAUCUCAAACGGACUAGGUUCGAGUGGUUGGAACUCUGGUGGAUCACUCGGGGGUAAUUAUGACGGAUCAAACGGAAUAUCUGGACUCCCAACUGGUUCCUUAUCGCUUGGUGGGCUCUCAGCAGGUUCUCUUGGUAGAAUCAACUCUGGCACAAACUUCGGAAAUGGUUUGGGAUCUGGCAAUACUGUCAAUGGAGGUACCACUUACUCCCAGCGAACUGAAACAGUAAGGAUCCCAGUGCCGCAACCCUACCCAGUGCCUGUCAACCGUCCAGUGCCAGUACCAGUCGCAGUACCCCGACCCGUGGAAGUGCCACGUCCAGUGCGUGUUGAAGUACCACACCCAGUGAAAGUGGUGGUUGAGCGGCCGUACCCUGUGCCAGUACCUAGACCAUAUCCAGCUACCCUCAGAGUUAAUGAAUACGUCAAAGUACCCACACCAGUACAUGUGCAUGUUCCGAAGCCUUAUCCAGUUGUAGUAGCAAAGCCUUACCCAGUUAGAGUCCCGACAAGAGUUGAGGUUAAUGUACCGGUGCUAGUGAAUCCCCAAAGUCAAUACCACUAUGAUUCGAGCGGUGGUAAUGCGGGAUUCUCGAGUGGAGUUGUUUCCGGUCUAGGAGUUAGCCACUCUUUCAGCAACACCCAGAAUUCUGGAUUAUCAACUGGGUUCGGUUCAAGCGGGCUCGAUUCUAACAUCGGAAAUGGGCUUUAUUCUGGUGGGCUCGGAUCCGGACUAUCAGGUGGCUGGUCUGGCGGCGGUCUGAAUGUUCCAAGUGGUUCUGGAUACGCUAGCGGCCAUGGGUACUCAGGUAUAAGUGGAAGCGGAAGUUCGUAUUACAGUGGUCACGGACAUCAUGAAUCACAGUAUGACAGUAAUGGAGGAUAUCGGUACUGAUGAAAAGUUAUUGAUCUAAGUUAUUUCUAGUCUGUAUUGGUUAUGAAUAAAAGAAAUCUAUUUUAUAAAUA